UUUGUUAAGGUCUGCUUUUGAGAGCGAUUACACUGUACUUGGAGGAGAGUUUUCUGUCCAGCGCCUUCAAAGGCACUUGAGGGUUCCAGAACCCAUGCACCUGAACGUUCUAGAACUCUGUGACUUUCGGACGUUCUGUCGCAGAGCCCUCGGGGGGGCGCUUAACCCCCUGUGACAUUCGACACACCCGGGGGAGGGGGUGUCCCCCCCUGCACUUUAUUCCUCCCUCUCUUUCUCGAUUAUUUUUUAAAACUUUUCUCAAGUUUGGAGGAGGGUCGCAAAUAACGACCGGGCUUUCUUCUCGUCUCCCCCCUCCUUCCCUCCCCCAGUUCUACUCGGCACCAUGAUAGUCGCAGACUCCGAGAGUUGCGAUCCCUCCGGAGUCCAAGACUAUUUACCCUGCGAUAACUGCGGAACUUUGAGGAGUAAAGAGGAGGGGGGACUGUUGGUGCCGAUGUCCUGCCCAGAGGUGAUGGAUUCAGACGGAGUCGAGGACGGAGGAAUAAAAAUCCCCCGGCAGUUGAGAAGAGGCCCAAGUUCUUUCAUCCCCGUGGAAGAGAUCCUACAAGAAGGAGCAGAGAGUGCCCAGCGACGCCUCUUCAUCCAGGCCUUUGUUUCCACGGGCAGGGUGGAUAACAUUACCAUGGUGAUGGGGCUGCAUCCAGAGUACCUGACAAGCUUCUGGAAGACUCAGUACCUCCUGCUACGGAUGGAUGGGCCUCUGCCGUAUCACAAGCGCCAUUACAUUGCUAUCAUGGCUGCUGCGAGACAUCAGUGUUCCUAUCUGGUGGGCUUUCACAUGGGAGAGUUUCUCCAGGUGGGUGGGGAUCCAGAGUGGCUGCGAGGCUUGCAGUAUGCCCCACAGAAACUGAGGAACCUCAAUGAAAUUAACAAGAUCCUCGCCCACCGGCCCUGGUUGAUCACCAAGGCACACAUUGAGGCGCUCCUGAAGACAAGGGACAACAGCUGGUCCCUGGCAGAACUCAUCCAGGCUCUGGUGCUCCUCACGCAUUACCACUCGCUUGCCUCCUUCGUCUUUGGCUGUGGCAUCAAUCUGGAGAUCGACCAAGAGGGAGGCCACGUCUUCCGGCCCCCCUCGCCGUGCAGCUGUGAUAGCAGCCCGGCCUCGGAGGAUGGAGUCAACAGUUCCAGUGGCUCAGAUGCUGUCGAGGAGGUGGAAGUGCUGAUGGAGAGGAUGAAGUUGCUGCAGGAGUGCCAGUUGGAAGAAGAGGGAGUCACGCAGGAGGAGAUGGAGACGCGCUUCGAAAUGGAAAAGAGAGAGAGCCUGCUUGUUACGCCUUCAGUAGACAUUACUGAACACUCCCUGCCUCCCAACGUCCUGCGCUUUGUGGAGGAUCCAGAGUUUGGAUACAAGGAUUUCACCAAGAGAGGAGAACAGACGCCCCCAACUUUCCGAGCUCAGGAUUACACCUGGGAGGACCAUGGCUACUCGCUCAUCAAUCGCCUGUAUCCUGAUGCGGGACAAUUGCUAGAUGAGAAAUUCCAAGUGGUUUACAACCUGACGUAUAACACAAUAGCUAUGCACAGUGGGGUGGACACAUCUAUGCUCAGGAGGGCCAUCUGGAAUUAUGUUCAUUGUGUGUUUGGCAUUCGGUACGACGACUACGAUUACAGGGAAGUGAACCAGCUUUUGGAGCGCAGCUUGAAAAUCUACAUCAAAACCGUGGCCUGUUACCCGGAGAAAGCCACCAAGAGAAUGUACACACACUUCUGGAGACACUUUAAACAUUCUGAGAAGGUGCACAUCAAUCUGCUUCUGCUGGAGGCCCGCAUGCAGGCUGCCCUGCUGUACGCCCUGCGCGCCAUCACCCGCUACAUGACCUGACGGGACUGCGCUCCCCCUUGUCCUCUGCAAGGGGCAGGCCCAACUGUUUUGGACUAGGGGAGCUUUCCCCCAAAAUGCAAGUUUCUGGAACACGUUGCGAAAGACAUUUUGUCACCUCUCCCCCCCUUACUUGCAGCUUUUUGGAGAUGUACACGUGUGUGUUUUUGAGGCGCUCUUGAGCAUCUCUUGCCAAGGGACAAGCCAAGAAGGGCUGUGGGGGAAACCAAACUGCUCAGUGACAUGUCAACUGAAAACCAACUUUGCCCAAGCCCAGCCUUCUCAGCAGACUUAUCCCUGUUUUGCCGCGUGGCUUGUUGGCUCUGCCUCCCAUGGGGAAGAGGGUCAUGUUUGUUGUUAGAGCUGCCAGCUGCCAUCUUGGAAGACUCAUUUUGUUCAGGCUGAUGCCCUUGUCUUGGUCUGGUGUGUGUUGAAAUUGAUGGUGGCUUCCUAUCAUGGCUGCCCACACAGCUACCUCCCACCCCAAUUUGGUGAUUAUUGCAGUGAAUGUCGAAUCCUGUGGCCGUGUCCUUUGCAACGAUGGUGCUGCUGGACCAGCUGAGGCGAAGACUUGGUUAACCAAAGAGUUCCCUCUGCUGUGACGUAGUGCUCUCUUUUCUCUGCCUCCUGUAGAACUUUGAAUGUAGGACAUUGAAUGUUCAAGCAGGUCCCCCUUUGGAAGGUGGGUAGGAGAGCUCAAAUGAAUAUGAAACAACCAGCUUGCCUCUGCACUUUGGUGACUACACUACAUUUCUUAGCUUUGUACCUGAGAUCACUGCACUCCAAACACUUGUCCUUGUGUCACAGAUAAGACAUGGGAGUCUCCCAGUCUUGAGAAAAUGGUGGCUGGCUUAAAAGAGGUCAAACAGGACACAGAAUCCAAGGUUGUGAUUAAGUUUGGCCAGAUUUUUUUUUUCACCUCAUGAAAGUGGGUAAAAUACAAAUGUCUCUCCUGGCAAGGGAUCUCUUAGGUGAGGAAACCAGCUCUGGAGUACACAGAUCUCAGGGACUAGAUGCAGAAUGGAAGAAUGCUUCACCUGUGAAAAUGGCGAUAUAGAAGGGGAUGUCCAUCUGUGCCUGCCAUCCCUUUAAAAAGCACCCUUUUCCAAUGCAAGAGUAUGUAUGUGCACAUUUAGGCAGCCUUGCAGAACCCAGGAUCUGCUCUUCCUCAAGUGUUUUGAGUUUUUAACAUUACAAAUCUGUUACCUUUUCUGCCUCUUAGCCCUGCCACACACAGCACAGCCUGAAAUUGUUAGCUUUUGAAAUUUGAAUGUCUUGCUCCAGUUUUAGCUAUCUACCUUUGGAUUAGGCAGUAGAAUGUUGCCACUUAGAUGAUCCAGAGUUGGGGACUAAGGAGCUAUUUUCAAAAGACCAAGGCCUGAUCUGUCCGUGCAGUGGACUAAAGCAGUAAUUCUUGUGAGGUAAUAGAGUGCUCUGCAUCACUUUAUAUUGCAGGUGAGAGAAGCCUUUUUUAAAUGCUCUCCUACCGUAACUAAUUAAUUAAACUCCCUGGGAAUAGAGAACUAGCAUUAAAGGAGAAGGUUCAGCUAGACCUUCUCUCCCUGAUGUGCUUGACCUUUACUUGCUGUGAUCUUUAAUUUCUUUUUUAUGUAGGUUAUGCAAAAAUAUGAUCCCUCACUAGUUCCCUAAAGUGGUACAACUCUGUUGUAAAAAAUCAAUAAAGUCAAGGUACUAAAUAAACCUGAUGGAUUGUAUCCAACUAAGUUUUACUCAGAAUAGACCCAUUGAAAUCAAUGAACCUAAGUUAGUCAUGUUCAUUACUUUAGUGGGUCUGCUGUGAGUAGGACUAGCAUUGGAUCCAACCCAUGUAUUUCUAUAACGUAGAUAUGAAAAGUUUUAAUUUCUGUAAAAAAUAAGUCUGUGGCCUAAAAAUAUAGAAUAAUUGAACAAUCUUAUGUACCGCCUCACUCUCUUGCAUGUCUAGGUCAGGUCCUCAGUUGUAGCCUAAACAGGCUCCUGAAAUGUCAACAUGUAGAAGUUCUUCAGAGUGUUGACUAGUGGAAAGGAUUUAAACAGCCUGCCUUAACACUCUUUUAUGCAGUUUUCAUUUCCAUCUCAAUUUAAGAGGUCCCCCCCCCAAAAAAAAAUACCAUUCAGGCCCUGUGCUCACGAGGCCCUGAAUUUUCCAACUGAGGUGAGUUUGUUCAUGCAGAAGGAAAGAGGAGCUAUCCUGAUUUGGUUCUGUUUUGAUAGGCCAAUGUGCGUACGCACACACAAAAAUUCUGACGAGUCCACUGUGUAUCUGCCUUAACUGGUUUCCCUGGUCUGUGAGUAGAUCACUAAGCUGUGAAAAAAAAUACUUUGAAAAGUUGGCUUUAAAAACAACACCCUACUCUUGUUGGGUUUCUUAAGCUACUUUUCUUUUUCCUCCGCUGCUCAUCUUUUUCUUUUCUUUUAACUUCAGGAAAGAACUAACUGUCCAUAAUUUCAAAAAGGUUUCGCAUUUAAAGUGGUGUAGAUGCAUGUCACGUUCUGGCACCUCCUCCUUUCAUACUUGCAAUCUUGAAUUUUUAUUUCUUAGAUUGUUUCCGCGAAACCAUGAAUACAAAACUCCUGGGGUAUGCCUGCAAUUUUGGGAGGUUGCUCUUUGUGUAUGUACCGGCUCUUCUUCUAAAUGUUACUAAUGAAAAUCCCACGCUUGGACAAUUGAUAAGGACUGAACAUGAGGAAGAAUUCCUGAAAUAUACACAUUUGAAAUAUACGUCAAAAGCAUACUACAGUAGGGCCCCGCUUACCGGCGCUUCGCAUUCCGGCAUUCCGCUAAUGCGGCGGCUUUCAAUUAGGGGAAAUUCCCCGUUUUAAAGCUGAUUUUGCGGCAUUUUCACGUGAUGUGCCCCAUUAUACUCAAUGGGUUCCGCUUUACGGUGAUUUCCACUUUAUGGCUGCAGUCCGGAAUGGAACCUGCCGUAUAAGUGGGGCCUGCCUGUACUCUGGUUACAAGAUCUAAAUUUCAGCCAUUGCAGGCAUAGCCAGAGGUUGCUGAAGCCAGCCUAGUCUUUCCCAACCCUGGUGCUCUCCAGAUUAUUUUGGAUGACAAUUCCCAUAUUUUGGACUAUAAUUCCCAUUAGUCCCAGCCAGCAUGGCUGUGCUGGCUAGGGUUCAUGGGAGUUGCAGUCAAACAACAUCUGGAGGACAACAGGUUGGGGAAAACUGGGCUGGAUAGGGUUUUUUUUGGGGGGGAAGACACUGACUUGGGAGCUAGUGCUGCCCCUUUCACUUUUCCCUCCAGUGCCUGGCUUAGUCAGGUCAGAGAUCUCUGAGAUGGUUGGGGCCUCAUGGCAUGAGGUGUUCCCUAUAAGCUUCCUAUGAUGACAGUGCAGAGUUCAGAAGUAUAUCCUUAUUGUGUCUACAAGCCCUUGGACAGCGAUGGGGGAACCUGUAGCCCUUCAGAAGUAGCUGGAUUCCAGGUCCCAACAGCCCAACCAGCAUGACCAAUGUUCAGGAUUGAUGGGAUUUGUAGUCAAACAACAUCUGGAGGGCUACAGGUGCCCCAUCCCUGCCCCAGGAAGAGUAAGGUUGGCACAAUGCCAGCAUAUUCAGGGAAGCUAAAGCAGUAUUAAGCGUUGUGAUGCUCAAGAUUCAUUUGCCUGGAGGCUUCUAUUACAAGGAUAGCCAACAAAAUGUCCUCCAGACAUUGUUGGACCACAACUCCCAUCAUUCCUGACCAUUGACCAUGUUGGCUGGGGCUGAUGGGAGUUGUAGUCUGUAUCUUCUAGAAAGCACAACAUUUGCUAUUCUUGGUUUACCAGAGGCCAGAAAAAAUGUGUUUUACAGUAGGUUUGGUACAGAGCCUUGGGUUUCUCUUUAGGAAUUCCCGUUGGGUGUAGAAUUAAUCAUUCUGGUGUUUUUGUGUUGCCUUGUAAACCGGGCUGGGUAACCUGUGGCCAUUCACAUGCUAUUGGACUAGGAUUCCCAUCAUUUCUGACCAUUUGGCUAUGUCAGUUGGAGCCAAGCAAUAUCUGGAGGGCCACAGAUUAGCCAUUGUUUUGUACGUUCUCAAGAUACUAGGGAUCAUGACUCCGUAGAUGCCUUGAGAGGUUGCAAAUGAUAUUCUUUCUUCUCCCAGAAACAUUGUUCCCUAGAUGGAAAAAUGAAAAAGCUGGGAUUUAUAUUUGGUUGCUUGGUUUACUCUGCUUAAAGACGCUGUACAAUCUCUCAGUGUUAACUUUUGUACACAUCUUGCACUGCAAAAAGACCGGUAUGUCUUUCUGUAGCGGGGGCUUGUCUCUGCAAGGAUCUAAACCUCUAGGGCACACUCUGCAAGAACUUUAGUCACCCUCCUCCUUUGAUCACAGGAGAAUACAUAUGAACUGGCUUUGCCAGAGUAGCCCACUACUUAGCUUCUCUGGAGAAACACUUCCUCCCCAGUAAAGCACAAUUAUUCUCUCUCUUUGCCCAUGGAAGUAUUGCACAUCCAGGCAGCAAAUGCACUGUGAAAUUCAAAGGCUAGCUUGUCCCGUGACUAGACUGAGCUGAGCAGGCCUCAACUCUUUCCUCAAGCUGGUUUUGAACAUUUCCUCGUGCCCCCCGCCCUUCCUUCCCACCCUGGCUUUUCCAGUUGAUUUACAUACUCUCCACUUUUAUGGUUAUGUCAGUAUCCAAAUGCUGUUCUGUUUCUUAGUUACCAUGUGUCCCAUUUCAGAUGGAUCUUUCUCGCAAAACUUCUGUCUCUUUUGACCUUGAGAGAUUAAUUGGCACAGGGUGGGAUGGGGGUGGUGGCAGAAGGGCUAUAGCUUUAGCCUGGAUGUGCCACUACCUUUCACACUGUGCUGGUCUCUGUGAAAUGACCAUUAUCAAAUCUCUUGCCAUCCAGCAUCCUUUCUCUCAUGCAUACUGUCACUUUCUCUCCCUCUUCCCCCCACCCCCAGCUCCCACCUCCAGUAAUAUAGAACUGACCACCUCUGUCACCUGGAUGGAUCCUUUGCUCCAUAUAAAUUAUGUGUUUGUUUGUUUUUUAAGUAUUCACUCUUGACUGUACCGAUGUUGUGACUUUGCUACCAGUUCUUGUUUGUUGUUAUUUUUUGAGAAAUAAAGUUGCCUUUUGGUUUUCCAAA